UGCGAAUAACAUGAAGCCGCAGAUAAUAAAUAGUUCGAAAUGAAUUGUGGGUAAUAUAGAUAUUCAUUACCGUGCUUUGCUAUAAUCAGCUCUUUUUAAACCGGCAACAUGGGUAAACCAAGAGGUUUGCGUGCUGGUCGCAAAUUAAAAAACCAUCGACGAGAACAAAGAUGGCAUGAUCAAGAAUAUAAAAAAGCUCAUUUAGGAACUGCACUUAAAGCAAAUCCGUUUGGAGGAGCUUCUCAUGCUAAAGGAAUAGUACUCGAAAAAGUUGGUGUUGAAGCAAAACAACCAAACUCAGCUAUUCGUAAGUGUGUUCGUGUACAAUUAAUUAAAAACGGUAAAAAGAUAACAGCUUUUGUUCCUAAUGACGGUUGCCUGAAUUUUAUCGAAGAAAAUGACGAGGUUCUUGUAUCUGGAUUUGGUCGCAAAGGUCACGCCGUUGGUGAUAUCCCUGGUGUUCGUUUCAAAGUUGUCAAGGUUGCAAGUGUUUCCUUACUAGCUCUGUUUAAAGGUAAAAAGGAACGUCCAAGAUCAUAGUUGCGAAAAUAUAUAAAUCGUUAUAUAUA